AUGCUUCAUCUAUACCUCAAGACCUUCCUCCUCGUCAGCUCGGCCACCUUAUCCUUCGCUGCCCUGAUUCCCCCAAAGCGUGCACCGGACCGGACACAGAAGUUAUACACCGGACAGCUGUUCGAAUAUCUGGUCCGCUCUUUGGCGUAUAUAGCAUGCUUCGUGAUCGUCUCGCCCUCCUUUAGCCAGUCCAUCAUACUACUUGUCCAUGACAAGUAUCCUCUAGUUGGACCGUUACUCUGCCCUGCCAACCCCGCGAGGCUCCACCCGCUCUUCGAUAUCCCGCCACGGUUUCUCGUGGGAACCGCUUUUGUUUACGCCGGGUCUCUCUUCCGGUUAUGGUCAUACCGUGCGCUCGGAUCCCUCUUCACCUACGAGGUCACUAUCAAGAACGACCACGCACUCGUCACCUGGGGUCCGUACGCCUACGUACGACACCCUGCGUACACCGGUGUUCUCUUCAUCCUCCUUGGCGAGCAAUUGAUGCAGUUCGGCAUGGAAGGCUACGUCCCCCACUGCGGGAUUGCUCACACGCCCUUCGUCGUAUUCAUCUACAUAUGGCGAUAUGGCUCCCUGUUCACUGCAUACUCGCUGUACAAGCGUUGUCGCGUGGAAGACGGACAAUUGGUGGAGCGGUUCGGGGCCGUAUGGGAGGACUACGCUGCGAAAGUGAGGUGCAAGCUGCUCCCGUACUUGCUCUAG